GAUAGUCAGUGUCGUCGAUAACAUUUUGUGGUCAUUUUAACUGUUACACAAAAUAAUGGAUCUUACAACCAGAUUGACAUUUGGAUUAUACAGAUUUAUUUGGGCAUUAAUUGCUUUUUGUAUCUCAUCCACUGGCGCACAUGAGAUUCGAAAGCGGCAAUCGCAGCCGGUUGUUUGUGGGCAACCCCUUUACACUGGUGCCGUUGUGGAAACCGCGCAACCUGGAACAUUCAUACUAAGGGCAUCGGCCACAGACACAGCUGGAAUACCUUUAACAUGGUCGAUACCGGAUACCUCAUUAAGAUCGUUUCAGAUCAAUCCUACCACUGGUGACAUCACUACAGCGUUGCAGCUGUCCCGGAGAUUUACCCGAUCAGCACUAGAGUUCCGAAUUCGGGCUUCAGAAACGGGCACACCGGCAAAUUACUGCGAGGCUGCCGUGCGCUUAAACAUCCUCCCGGUGACCGGGCCCGGAACGUCCGCAUCCGGCAUAUUUUCCCAAACUUCGUAUACCUUUACGGCAUCAACGUGUGCCGUGGGCGCCACUGUGGGAACAAUAACGCCGGCCACGACAACGACCGGUGUGACGUACACGUACACCAUACCAAGUGGAAACAGUUAUUUUUCGGUCAAUCCAACUAGCGGAUUAAUCACGCUUAUUGCCAUUCCUCCCACGGGGACGCAGACCUUCUCCGUCACAGCAACCGGCUCCACUGGUACCACCGGUACAGUCCCCGUAACGGUGUCCACCACCUGCUCCGGGACGGGAACCACCGGGCUGACCUUCUCCCAACCGUCGUACACCUUUACGCAGACAACAUGCAUACCGGGUUCCAUAAUCGGAGCCGUCAGCGCCUUUUCGACAACGGGCGGCACGGUGACCUAUACGCUACCAACCGGUAACGGUCUGUUUACUAUCAAUCCAACCACAGGACAGAUCACAUCGCUGUCCACGACCAGUCUAGGAACACAAACGCUGACCGUACAAGCCAUCUCCAGCACCGGUCAGACCGCCACGGCUAUGGUGCUGAUCUCGUCAGUCUGCAGUGGAACCGGCAUCGGAACGGGAGCACCAGUUUUUACGCAACCGUUCUAUUCGUUUACAGCGGCUACUUGUACUGUCGGUGGUACAGUGGGGCAAAUUCAAGCCAUAUCUUCGUUUCCGGUAACAUAUCUAGUAUUUCCCACAAACCCCUAUUAUUCCGUCAAUCCCACUACCGGAGUGAUUACAAUCAUCGCGGUGCCACCUGCGGGAAUCGCCCAAACACUCACGGUGCAAGCAAUUUCAACCAGCGGCAUCCCAGCUACCGCAACAAUAUCUAUCACCGGUUGCACUAGUACGGGCAUCAUCAGUGGAACUGCUCCGGUCUUCCAGCAGGCUGUAUAUUCUUUCACCGCCACAGUAUGCACAGCGGGGUACCCAAUCGGUCAAGUCGUCGCCACUUCCGCCACCGGACUGGUUACGUACACCGGAACAAGCCCAUACUUCAGCGUGAAUCCCACAACUGGGCAAAUUACGGCCAUAACCACUCCCCCUUCCGGUGUGCAGACUAUACAGGUAACUGCCGUGUCCAGCAGCGGUCAGAGUGCCAGCACACUGGUUACCAUCAACACGCUGUGCACCGGAACCGGCAUCGGCACCGGUAUAUUCCCGGGCAUCGGUCUGGGGAUCGGUGGCACCGUGCCGACUUUCGUCCAGCCCUUUUAUUCAUUUACCGUCACCUCGUGUACAUCGGGCACGGCGGUUGGAUCAGUUACGGCCCAGUCGCCAUACGGUAUCCCGGUGUACUCCAUUGAUGCUGCCAAUGGCGGGACCAAUCCAUACUUCGCCAUAAGUCCACAGAGCGGAAGCAUUUCGCUUAUCGGCACACCGCCUUCGGGAUAUUCCCAACAACUGACGGUCCGCGCGCAGGCCAGUGGCUAUACAGCAUCUGUCCCGGUCAACAUUGCCAUCACUUGUUCAGGCACCAGUACCGGAACUAUCGGCAUUACCGGAAGCACGAGCGGGUUGUUUUCGCAGUCGUCCUACAGCUUCAGCGCCGGCGCAUGCACACCCGGUGCACAAGUUGGUCAGGUGACAGCCAAUGUUCCGGCUGGCACAACUGUAACGUAUACAAUCAACAGCGGCAAUAACGGACAAUACAUCAUCAAUCCUUCUUCCGGUAUUAUAAAUGCUGCGACUCAAUUGUCGCCUGGUGUGCCAUCGACAUUGACUGUAUCCGCUAUAUCAACAUCCGGUCAGUCCGGAACUGCUAAUGUUAUUAUCAGUCCGACGUGCAAUGGUCAGCAAUUGGUGAUUACUGGCUCAGGUGGUGCACCAACAUUUUCUCAAUCAUCGUACAGUUUCCCACUUUCCACGUGCACUGCUGGGUCUGUUAUCGGUUCAGUCGCAGCAAAUGUGCCGGGCGGUGGCCAAGUUUCCUAUACUCUGACCGGCUCGCAGUACUUUGGCAUCAAUCCUGGGACCGGCCAAGUUGGCCUAAUUUCCGUACCGCCCACGGGAACGUAUCCCUUGACAAUUAACGCACUGAGCACCAGUGGCCAGACCGCGACGACCACCGCCACGGUCACCGCCAGUUGUUCGGGUGCGCCCAUAUUGACGUCGAAUACCGGCGUCAAUACAAUUUCCAGCCCCGGUGUUAAUACAAUUUCGAACACGGGAGUGAUCGGAACAAAUACCGUCAACGCUAAUCCCCUCAAUAACGCGGUGGCCAUUGGUGGAGGACCAGUGUUCAAUCAGUCUAGUUAUCAGUGUUCCGCCUCCUGUUCGACGGAUUCGGCCCGCGUUUGCGUUGUCCGGGCGACAAAUUCACGACAGGAUUCGAUGGACUACGGAUUAAGUACGAGCAACCAGUUUUAUAUUGAUUCCAGUUCGGGAGAAAUCCGUACCAUUACUGCAGUUCGAGGCGGUGGAACGUUUUCUCUUGCGGCCACCGCUACCGAUCCUUUCGGUAACCGAGGAACCGCGCCGGUCACUAUCACUAUUGUCGGCUGUUAAUUGUUAGUAUAACAAUGUUGUUGUCUGUGUUAAAUACAAUUAGGCCACGAAAACUAUCUACCCAUAGUUUACAAAUUUUGUUAAACAAUUGCCACUUUCCUGCGUUUUGUAAGAGGCCAAGAGCGUAUUUUUGUGAAAUUGUAUACCGUCGCUUUGUGUGCACUGUGCAGUGCAUUCUCUGCACACGUACGAGUAAUUUUGUACUUCCACACGAGAAUGUUGGAAAAACUAUAACAAAGAAGUCGUGAGUGACCGACCAUAAAACU